UAACUUAUUUUCGGGUCCUGAAAAUGGGAUGAUAGUUGUUUCUGUCACAAGCUUUUGGAAAUAAUGAAAUCUCCGCGCGUCGAUGUCAUCGAAGAAGGUCAAAUAGUUUGUAGGUUGAACAUAUGCGGCACGACGCGGCGACACAGGAGUCUCGUCGACGCGCAUAGAAAUUAGGGUCGCGCGUCUACAGCUGCCUGACUCACUAGUUAUAUUUGUACAAGUUCAUUUUGUACAAGACAUUCAAGUACGUUGGAAUGCUGCGCUUGGGAUAAGAACAAUUCUCUUUCUUUUUAUCCUACCUCAUUUGACACAAAAUGGGUCUGAAGAAAUUCGACAUUACUUUUGACAACAAUCCAUGGAAAAUUUACUAUCCCAGACAAACGGUGUCGGGAAAUAUCGUACUGGUUAUUGACGGAGUUAAAAAAAUUCGCGGCAUUUGCGUGAAGGUAAAAGGAGAGGCAAAUACCUAUUGGACUACGGAUAAAGAAACGUUGGAUAAUACAGGAAACUAUCGCGAUGAGAAUGCAACUUUCAGUGCACACGAGGAAUAUUUCCAGACGAAAUAUUAUCUUGUUGGAUCUGCUUCCGGAAAUGAAAUCGAAAUACAAGCGGGCGAACACAAAUUUCCGUUUACCUGUAGCUUACCUGAACAUUUACCGAGCAGCUUCGAAUCUGACUUUGGUCAUGUUCGAUAUACGGUCAAGGCUACCCUGGAUCGCCCAUGGAAAUUCGAUCAGGACGUUAAAGCGGCAUUCACGGUCGUUUCGCCUUUCGAUUUGAAUACGGAAUCCAGAAGUUCGGAACGAAUUACGGAAGAUAUGAGUAAAUCUUUCUCUUGUCUUUGCUGUGCCAGUGCACCUUUGAACGUAAGUUAUUCGUUACCGGUCAGAGGAUACGUUCCUGGUCAAUCGAUGCCGAUCAAAGUCAAUGUCGAAAAUUUAUCUACCGUUACUGUUAAUCGUAUUGCUCUGAUUCUUUGCAAGAUCGUGACAUUCCGUGCAACUAAUCCAAGCACGGAUACGAGAAUCGAAGAGAUAAUUGUAACGGAAAUUAGUAAAGGACCUUUCGAUGGCGGAGCUACUGCAGAUUACGAACAAUACUUGGACGUUCCAGCCCUUCCCCCGUCGAAUCUUAAUAGCUGUGCCAUCAUCGAUCUCGAAUAUCGUCUGAAGGUUCAAGCGUGCGUCGAAGGAUGGUAUCAUCGUAAUUUAAAGAGCGAUACUCUCGUUUUCGUGGGAACAGUACCAUUGCUUAACUAUCAGACACCAAGUGCUCCUCCCGAGAGUCUGAUUUGUAACGACUCGCCAACGAAAAGUUCCGAUAAAUAUCAGCCGUCUCCUACUUCGAAUUUAUACCCACAAUUACCACCCCCUAAGUACGAGGAAUCAACGUAUGGUGCAAGAAAUCUUCGAGAACGCGGCGAAUCGGAACACGUGAUUGGACUUACGAAUCAUUUCGCACCCAAAUAUCCGUUUUACCACUUUCCAACAAUUCAAUGAAACAAAACAGACAGACGACGACGCCGACGACGACGCCGACGACGACGCCGACGACGACGCCGACGACGAAAAACUUAUCGCCAUACAUUUUUAUCUUAUGCUUUCAUGCAAAUCUUGCUAUUGCAAAUGUUAUCAAUUUCGCAAACGCUGCAACUUCUUUUUCUCCUUAUGUUCUUUUUUCAUUUACGAUCAUCAACUUCAUUUUUACUUCGUAAUUCAAGUUUUUUCUUCAUAUAUUUGAAGUAUAACUUAUCUACAUUUAAUUUAGGCACACAUUCUAUUACAAUAUAUUUUCUAUUCUAUUACAUAAUAUAUGUCAAAGUAAUAGUAUUACUCAUUACAAAAUUCUUUAAAUAGGCAGGAUAAAAACAUACACACAAUAUUUUUAUUAUUAAUUGAAAGUAAUUAAUUUACUGCCAGCCUCUAAGCUUUAAGCUUGGAAAAUAUUUAUUGUUUAACAUGCAAAAUAUACAAUACAAUUUUAUACGCCUACAUAUGUCCUAUUAAUUUUGCUGACUGCAACCUCGAAACGCGUGAAAUAGUUUUCACUUAUUAUUACAGUACAGUGCUACGAAUAAAAAUGGCUGUGCACAAA